UGGCAGCAACCAAUGGUGUGUGUCAUCAGCACUUAAAAUUGGUCAUCAGGAGGAGAGGCGACUCUUAGCGAUAGCCAGCUUGACAAUAGUCCUCCCACGUGUUGAUGUGGUGGACUGCGGAUGACCCCACUCCUGGGAUGAGGCGAAGGGGGCCCUCCGUACUUGUUCAAAGGAAGCUGCAACACCAUAGUGCUGUCAUUGGAGUGAAAGGAAGGCCCUCCGUACUCGAACAGCACUAGUGAUCUCACCGAGUCUUUCAUGAUCACGCACUACUGGCUUGGUGAGCUUUUCUCCUCCUUUCUGCCAUCCAUUUCCCCACAAUGGUGCAUCUUCCAAGAGUCUCGGAAGAAUUCUUGGUGUGCAGCCCAGCUUCCUUCCCUUCCCUUUGCUUUGCUUUGCUUUCUCUAUGUCGCCUUUCACCAUUUUUAGGGUGCACCAAAUUUGGGCUGGAUUCAUCAUACUAGUAUAUAAUGGGGUUGUCGGUGGAGUCAGAUGGCAGGGGCAAAAGCCUUGGCUUGUCUGCAUUUGCGCUGCCUCUCUGACCUUCUCCGCAGCGUGCUGUAGCUCCGAUGGCUUCUUCCACGUUCAGCAGAUGGUUGAGGCCAGAGGUGUACCCACUCUUUGCGGCAGUUGGUGUUGCUGUUGGUAUCUGUGGCGUGCAACUGGUGCGAAACAUCUCCACCAACCCCCAAGUUAGGGUUAACAAACAAAACAGAGCUGCAGGUGUGCUCGAGAAUUUUGGUGAGGGGGAGAAGUAUGCAGAACAUAGCCUGCGAAAAUUUGUCAGGAACAAAGCCCCUGAAAUCAUGCCUGCUGUGAACAAGUUCUUUUCAGAUCCAAAAUGAAGGGUUAUGCCGGAUUGAUCUCCAUUUUUUGUACAACUCUGUAUCACUCUAUGUUGUUUCCAAGAAUUGUUUAUGUUGUUAUGGUAAAUAUACCGACAAAUGGAGUUAUCUUUUGUCCCUACAUCUAUUUGAUGAAGUUCUAUUCUUGUAGUA